AUGGCAGUAUCGCAUCAGUGGUUCAUUCAGUGGUCGUCACCAUCGAUAAUUUUCACGGACAUCACUCAGCGUUACAACGAAGUGAACCAGGGAUGGAACAAUUACGAUGCAAGACACAUCAACGUCUUGGAAGCACUGGCGGGAAAUCGAGAAGAAUAUUUUGCCACCCAACGAAGUUCUAAUAAUAAUAAUUGUGAAACGAAAGGAACCAGUGCCAAAUUAAACAGUGAACGCAUAAGGAACGUUAACGAUAGAACUAAAACAGCAGCUUUGACAAUAUGGAUGGCUGUGAUGGGGCUGACGCGGCCGCAAUCAGUGCCCGCUGACAACGACACGCCUCCCUUUAGUACACUCUACAAGUGGAAGACGAUCGACUUUGAGUUCCCGAGCUUGCAUCACCGACGACAAGCUCUUCUUACAGGGAGUUAUAUCCCUUCGAACGUAUUACCACUUGGUCUGGAGGUGUGGGGUUCAAGAGUAUGGGUGACGCUACCCAGCUGGCGAAAAGGAGUGCCAGCCACGCUCGCGACUGUGCCUCGCGGUGGAGGUCUGGCAUCACCGCUCCUUAAACCAUACCCGGACUGGAAUUAUCAUCGAGCUUUUAACGACGACAAUAACUGUUCGGGGCUGACAUCCGUAUUCCGCGUGAACGCUGACGAAUGUGGAAGACUGUGGAUACUUGACUCUGGGCAAAUAAACAUUCAAGAAAAUCCAAAACAAAUAUGUCCACCCAGCAUAGUAGUGUUCGACCUUCAAACAGACUCUAUGAUUGCGAGGUAUCCCAUUCCCGAAGAAUAUGUUCUUCAAGAUUCUUUAUUUUCUAACAUCAUAGUUGACAGUAGAUUAGAAGACUGUUCAGACAUGCAUCUAUAUAUAGCUGAUACUUGGCGAUUUGGUCUUUUGGUCUUCAGAUUACGUGAUCAACAGUUUUGGCGAUUUUCUCACCACCUGUUCUACCCAGAUCCUUUGGCUUCCAAUUAUACAUUGCACGGACUUAACUUUCAGUGGGCAGACGGUAUCUUUGGGUUAGCUUUAACACCUGUUGAUCAAUAUCAAGAACGAAUAUUAUACUUUCAUUCCUUGUCGAGUUAUAGAGAAUUUUAUGUACAUACAAACGUUCUUCGCGAACCUUCUAGAGUAAACGACAGUGCAACGGAAUUUAAUCUAGUCGGAGAAAGCAGGGGAUUAUUCGGGCAAUCAUCGGCGUCGGCCAUCGACAGGCGAGGAGUUAUGUUUUACGGCUUAGUGACAAGGGACAGUAUUGGAUGUUGGGACACGAGGAAACCCUAUUAUAAAAGAACUAUGGGAACUGUGGCUACGAAUACAGAGACUCUUGUGUUCCCUAACGAUAUCAAAGUAGACCAGGAAAAGCGUCAAAAUGUAUGGGUCAUAUCGAACAGGCUACCGAUGUUCCAAACAGAGAGCUUGAGUGAUGAUGACUACAACUAUCGGAUUAUGUUUGCGGACACCAUGGAGGCAGUGCAGGGUGUGGAGUGGACGCGCUCACCUUCUGAUAUCCGAAGAUGCGGUUACUAUUGGGCAUGGAAACAGAUCGAUUUUAAAUAUCCCACUAAUGAGGAACGUCUGGCGGCGAUUGCUACCGGGCUCUUCAAUCAGACUAAUGUGAUACCUCUUGGUAUCGAAAGAUGGAAGGGAAGAAUCUUUGUUAGUACUCCAAAAUGGAAAAGAGGCGUACCAGCAACAUUAUCAGCGUUACCAACGGCAGCGGUGGAGGAAUCGCCGCCGCUUGAACCUUAUCCCAACUGGCAAUGGCAUAACGCAGGUAACUGUACAGGGCUCACAUCAGUAUUUCGCAUGAGUGUAGAUCACUGCGGUAUUAUGUGGGUGUUGGAUUCAGGGCAGGUUGAGGCCUUUGAAACACCGCGACAACUCUGCCCACCGUCAUUAGUCGCAAUUGACUUAGAAACUGAUACUGUUCUGGCAAGAUAUCCAAUACCAGAGGAAUUCGUUCUUCAGAAUUCAUUGAUUACCAAUAUCGUAGUAGAUUCAAGAGACGCACGGUGUAGAGACCUCCACGUAUAUAUUGCUGAUGCCUGGCGGUUUGGACUCAUUGUAUUUAGACAAUCCGAUGCAAUGUUUUGGAGAUUCAGUCACUACACAUUCUACCCAGAGCCUUUGCUUUCUAAUUAUACGUUGCAUGGAUUAAAUUAUCAAUGGUCAGAUGGAUUGUUCGGUAUGUCCUUAGGCAAGUUUCACCUUGGCGAACGACCUCUGUAUUAUCAUGCUAUGUCCAGUUCUUUAGAGUUUGUUGUAAAUACAUCUGUAAUACGAGAUCCUACUCGUGUUAAUGACGCUGUGGCCGAGUUUAAACUUCUCGGUGACAGCCGAGGGCCUUACGGCCAGGUGUCUGCAGCGGCAAUCGACCGCAACGGUGUUAUGUUCUACAAUCUAAUUUCCUACGACAGUAUCGGAUGUUGGAACACGUGUACCGAUUAUAGAGAUAAAAAUCGUGACAUUGUGGCACAAAACUCUAGAACGUUGGUCUUCCCUAAUGAUUUACGAAUAGAUCAUGAAGUACCGCAGUUUGUAUGGAUUAUAUCAAACAGACUACCGAUGUAUCAAUUUAAUUUAAUAGAUCCGAAUGAAUACAACUAUCGUGUUCUAUAUUUAGAUCCUGUUAAAGCCGUUGAAAAUACAGUUUGUCAAUAUACAUGUUAA